GUAGAACGACACCGCAACAACCUCUUACCUUUGUCCGUAUAUAAGACCGUGUGCAGUGACCAACACAGUGAAAGAAGAGAAACGACUUUGAGUUUAUGGCUGCCAUGGAUGAGAAGCUGUCAAGUGGAAACAGAGGGAACCCUAUUCGAUGCAGAGCUGCUGUCUCUCGCAAGCCAGGUGAGCCACUUGUGAUAGAAGAGAUCAUAGUGGCGCCCCCAAUGCCCCAUGAAGUUCGCGUUCGGAUUGUCUAUACUUCUUUGUGUCACAGUGAUAUCACUUUCUGGAAAAUGAAGGACUUUCCUGCAGUUUUCCCUAGGAUUCUCGGUCAUGAAGCUAUCGGGGUUGUGGAGAGUGUUGGGGAGGAAGUGACUGAGGUAGCAGAAGGAGAUACUGUGAUCCCAACAUUGAUUUCGGAAUGUGGAGAAUGUGUUGAUUGCAGAUCAACAAAGAGCAACCUUUGUUCAAAACUCCCCUUCAAGCAGAUCUCACCUUUUAUGCCCAGACACGAGACAAGCAGAUUCACAGACCUCAAUGGUGAGGUUAUAUACCAUUUUCUAUCUGUGUCGAGUUUUAGCGAGUAUACAGUGGUGGACAUUGCCCAUCUCACAAAGAUUGACUCUUCAAUACCUAUAUUCAAGGCUGCAGGCCUUCUAGGUUGUGGAGUAUCAACAGGGGUUGGUGCUGCUUGGAGAACAGCAAAUGUGGAGCCGGGAUCGACCGUGGCUAUAUUUGGACUUGGUUCAAUUGGAUUAGCUGUGGCAGAGGGCGCAAGACUGUGUGGAGCUACUAGAAUUAUCGGCGUGGAUGUUAACCAAGACAAAUUUGAAAUUGGAAAAAAGUUUGGAGUCACUGACUUCAUCAAUCCUGCAAAUUGUGAGAAUAAAUCUGUGACGGAGUUGAUGAUUGAGAUGACUAAGGGGGGUGCAGAUUAUUGCUUUGAAUGUGUUGGAAAUUCAUCACUGGUGCAACAAGCUUAUGCUUGCUGCCGGAAGGGUUGGGGAAAAGCAAUUGUAUUAGGUGUGGACCAGCCAGGGUCACAACUGACCCUUCCCUCAUAUGAUGUGCUUCAUAAAGGCAAAACUCUCAUGGGAUCCUUCUUUGGAGGACUCAAACCUAAGUCUGAUAUCCCUGUGCUCCUCAAUCGCUACAUCAACAAGGAACUACAGCUAGACGAGUUUGUGACACAUGAGAUGACAUUUGAAGACAUCAAUAAAGCUUUUGAUCUACUCAUUGAAGGGAAAUGUCUCCGUUGUGUAAUCUGUAUGAACACAGUAGGCUAGCUUACCGAUUAGAAACAGCCUUUACUUUUACAUGCACGAUUUCAGUGUUUAAUAAGGAAAUACCGUCUAAACACAUGAAUAAUAUAUCUUCAAAAGUGAAAGUUUUUCUAGUUCUUCUUAUUUUGUAUUAGAGGAUAUGCAGGAAUCACUGAAUAGAUAUUUAUGCCACUGCAAACCCACUAGAUGCACCAGUGAAGUAGCUGAUGGGGGAGUCCUUUGUUUUU